AUCUCUUCCAGUAACAAUACUUUAUAUUAUAUAAAAUCCUUUUUUAGACUCCUCCCUAAAAUUUUCUUAAACUUUGUGAACACCCUAUUAUUGCGAUUAAUACAAAACGGAGGGAGUAAUCACUUUGAUAAACCCUUGAAAUUAAGGGGUAAAGACGUCAUUUCUGAUAUAUAGUGAAGGGUAUUUGUAUACUUCUUUUGUUCUUUUUUACUUGACCUAUUUCUUUUAUCACAAUUGCUAAUAUAAAAUGCAAAACUUUGACGAUCAAUAACUUUAAUUCUCCAUAAAUAAAAAUUAUAAUGUGUCGGGUAAGCUUGUAACCGGAGGUACCCUCAAAAGUAACGUCAUUGGAUGAUGUUAUCUUCCACCCAAUUAGGGCAUCGCAAGAAUUGGAGAACUUAUUCUUGUUUUCUUUCUCUUUCCUCCCCUUCCAUGGUCAUCGUUAAUCUUAAUGGAGAAAGCGCACAGGCAGCUGCUAUAGUGAGAUCAAAGUACACUUUUAGUGAAGGAUACAUAACUCAAAAGCCUCUUCAAUGGAGAAAUUAGAGUAAAAAAAAUUUAUAUAAAAAUAAAACGAAUGGUUAACACCAAAAGGAUAGGUGUUAGUUGCUUGCUUGUGAGCUUUCUCUCCUCUAUUGAUUUCUCCAUUAAAGGUACUAGUGAAGUUCAUUGAUGAAGUAUUGUCGACAGUGGGAAUUACGAUGGGAACAAUGUAUGGAUGAUCUGUGCGUUGGGGGAUGGGUAAUUAGUUGUGUUUGAUUCCUCUAUCUAAGAAUAGUUUAUCUCGACAGUGGGAAAUGGGCUGGCUACUCCCCAAAAAAUUAAAGAUAUCAAGUUACUUAAAUGUAUGACUCAAUUUGUAUUGUCAAAUCUUGAUCACUUUGUUUUCCUGCCCGGGGGAAUUCCCAAAUAUAGAAAAUAAAUCCUUUUAACUACAAGUCCGAACUCUUGAAUUUAAACUUUUUGUGUUCGGGUUGGGACUGAACAGUUUUAAAUACAAUAUAAUCGCAAGUUCUGCCGUUGUAUACUUUGUGACUUUGUGUUUCCCUUUUCUAAGCUUUCUCUAGCCUCUGCCUCACUCUCGGCAGUGAGCAUCUAUUUCCACCUUUUAGCAAUUUAAUUUCAGUUCAUCUCCCUUCAUUCAUUCGAUUACCCACUUUCUUUUAUUGGUAUAAAUCUCACUACUUUAAUUCCAGGUACAUUCUAAUUUUCUGAUUCAAUUUUGAAUUUUCACCUGCCUGUUUAUCAAUUUUAAACUCGAAAACUCCAUAUUUUACGAAAAUCAAUUUAUAUGCGUUCAAUUUAAUGUCUAAUCAAGAAGAAAUAACUUCUGGGUAUUGCUAAUUUAGAUUUCUGUUGCUUUUUUCUUAUUUGGAAUUAUGCCCACCACCUGUUCGAUGAAAUGACAGUGGUUCUGUUUUACUCAGUUUCAUGGUAUUGGUUUUGAAUUAUUAAAAAGGGUGUAGCUUGAAAAUUUGGGAUUUGGGAGAUUUUCUUUGUAAUGAGUAGACCCUUACUAACAAAACAUGUAGCAGCUGUUAUAAAACAUCAGAAAGAUCCUUUGAAGGCGCUCGAAACGUUUAAAUCAGUUAAAAAAGAGGAGGGGUUCAAGCAUAAUUUGCUGACAUAUAAAUGUAUGAUAGAUAAGCUUGGUUCACAUGGGAAAUUUGAAGCUAUGGAGGCUUUCCUUUCGGAUAUGAGAAUGGAUAUUGAUAAUAGGAUUGUGGAAGGAGUGUACAUUGGGGCCAUGAAGAAUUAUGGAAAGAAAGGGAAACUUCAACAGGCUGUUGAUGUGUUUGAGAAGAUGGAUUUUUACGAAUGUGAACCGUCAGUAAUGUCGUAUAAUGCCAUCAUGAAUAUCUUGGUUGAGCAUGGUUACUUCAAUCAAGCUCAUAAAGUUUAUUUGAGGUUAAGAGAUAAAGGGAUUUGUCCUGAUGUAUACACCUAUACUAUCAGGAUUAAGUAUUUUUGUAGGACUGAGAAGUUUAAUGCUGCUUUGAGGCUUCUUAAGAACAUGCCUUCUCAUGGGUGCGACGCCAAUGCAGUUGCAUAUUGUACCCUCAUUGGUGGUCUUUAUGAACAAGAAUAUGGAGUUGAAGCAUCGAAGUUGUUCUGUCAGAUGCUUAGCCUUGGAAUUUGCCCUGAUAUUUUUACAUUUAACAAGCUGAUACAUGUCCUCUGCAGGAAGGGUGAUGUCCAAGAAAGUCAAAGGCUUUUAAGUAAGGUUUUCAAGCGGGGGACUUCACCAAAUUUGUUUACUUUCAAUAUAUUUAUUGAAGGCUUUUGUGAGGAUAAUUCAGUCAGUGAAGCUGCUGGUUUACUGGAUAGCAUCAUGACUGAGGGUUUUACUCCAGAUGUAGUGACAUACAACUUACUGAUACGUGGACUUUGUAAAAAUACGGGGGCUGUUGAUGCUGAACGCUAUCUUCAUCAAAUGAUUAAUAAAGGGUUUGAUCCAGAUUCUUUCACAUACAACUCCAUCAUUGAUGCUUACUGCAAACUAGACAUGGUACAAAAUGCAGAGAUGGUACUCCGUAAUGCAAAAUACAGAGGAUUUACACCCGAUGAAUACACGUAUUGCUCUUUAAUUGAUGGCUUAUGUAAGAAUGGUGAUGUUGAGAGAGCCAUGGUCAUAUUCAAUGAGGCCGAGACGAAGGGAUUGAAGGCAAAAGUUAUUGUGUACAACACAUUGAUCAAAGGCCUAUCUCAGCAGGGUCUGAUUCUUGAAGCAUUACAGAUGAUAAAUGAUAUGGCUAGAGCUGGUUGCUCCCCCAAUAUAUGGACGUAUAAUACAGUGAUAAAUGGACUAUGCAAAAUGGGUUGCUUGUCUGAUGCGAAUAACCUGGUAGAUGAUGCUAUUGCAAGAGGAUGUUUACCUGACAUUUUCACUUUUAAUACUCUAAUUGAUGGGUACUGCAAACAGUUGAAGUUGGAUACGGCGAUUGAACUUGUGGAUAAAAUGUGGGAUCAUGGUGUUACUCCAGAUGUGAUUACAUACAAUACUCUGUUGGACGGGCUUUGCAAGGCUGCAAAAUUUGAAGCUGUAAUGGGAACUUUUGAAACAAUGGUGGAAAAAGGGUGCAUUCCUAACCGUAUUACAUACAAUAUUCUUAUUGACAGCUUCUGCAAGGCUCAUAAGCUAGAUAAAGCCUUAGCGUUGCUGUCGGAAAUGAGGUGCACGGGUCUGACUCCAGAUCUUGUAGUUCUUGGCACAUUGAUAAAUGGUUAUUGCAAGAAGGGUGAUUUGGAUGGAGCAUACCAGCUUUUCAGAAAGAUUUACCAACAAUAUGGACUUUCACAUACGACAGCAACAUACAACAUUGUGAUCAAUGCAUUUGGUGAAAGACUGAAUAUGGACAUGGCUCAGAGGCUUUUUCAUGAGAUGAUUGAGAAGGGCUGCCCUCCAGACAGUUAUACUUAUCGUGCAUUAGUAGAUGGGUUCUGCAACGCGGGUAAUGACGAUGCUGGCUACAAAUUCUUCCUGAAGAAGAUUGAGAAGGGAUUUACGCCAUCACUCACAAUAUGUGGAAGGGUACUCAAUUGUCUUUGCUUGAAACAAAAGAUCCAUGAAGCUGUUAAAAUUAUCCACAUUAUGGUGCAUGAAGGUAUUGUUCCAGAUAUUGUGGAGGGUAUUUUCAGCUCUACGAAAAGGGAGAUAGCAGCACCAAAGAUUAUUGUGGAGGACUUGCUAAAGAAGAGCUAUAUAACUUAUUAUACAUAUGAACUCCUAUAUGAUGGUGUUCGAGACAAAAAGCUAUUGAGGAAAAUUCUUCCAUGAAGGCUUCUGAAGUGUCUUCCAGCAGAACAUUCCUGAGCAUUUGAUAUUGUCAUUUGAUGAUUGCACUCGGAACCUAUGCACAAUUUCCUUCAUAUGCUCCUGGAACACAAAAAACUAUAUCAUGAAGAUGGGGGUCUUUUAUUGGUUGACUUUUUUUCCUUGGAGAAGCUACCAUGACAUUAGCUAUCAUGAAAGGAUCUCAUUGUUGGUUGGUUGAAGAUGUUCAAAUAGAGGCUAUAUGGAAGCUGGAAACUAAUGCUGUAUCAACCUGUUUGCUUCCGAGAAUUACAUUCUCUGUACUUGAGAUUCCGUGCUCAACUGUUCACCAAUCGAUGUAUAUGACCUGUUUGCCAGUACAUGUUGAAACAAACAGGAGGAAAGCACAAGCUACUCAUAUUUGAAGACUGCUUGAUCUCCAUGGGUUAGAUCAUCUGGUUAAUAUGGCUAACCCAAUUCUCUGAAGCAGCAUGGAUUGACAGCAUAGCAAGUUCAGACAUUCAAAUUUGGUUCUGCAGCCUAAGCAGAUGCAGCAACCCAUACAGGUAUGCUAGAGGGCAAAGCUCAUAUCUAUCUGCAUGAUGAGAUGCAUAUAAUUCUCUCACUUUAUGCUGUGUUAAUUGUAUGCUAUCUAUGGCUAGGGUAUUGGGUAAAUUAGCUGAAUACUGCUUACCACACUUCAGAAAUCACUAGUGCUUUGUAAAGUACUUGCUAAGAAUUUAAAAAAUAGGGCAAAAUUCAAUCCUUGUAAAGCUAGUCAAAACAAUUCUCUGAAUAGUGAUUACCACAUGUCUAAAAGAUACUUUUUUUACAAGAUUUAUUUGGAAAAAUAAUUACGUUAUGGACAGCCAAGCUCUCAAUAGAAGGCUGUAGUUUCGAGACAUAGGAAGCUCUCUCGAAGAGUAAACUAAACCUGUAUUUGUACAUUAACUCUUCAAACCGGAAAAGAUUUCUAGUUUCCAAUUGUAUUUCACAACUAGAUACUUUGUGGAUCGGAGGGAGUACUAGGCCAACAAAGGUCAGUAAUGCAUAGUCAUAGAGCUGUCAAAAGUUGAUCCGAUCCGAAAAACCGACCCGAAUCCCAUUAUUAACCGACUCGUUUAAACUCGGAAAAAUGGUGACCCAAACUUGAUAUGAUCCGACCUGAAACCAACCCUAGACCCGAGUUAAUCCGAGUAUUUGAGACCUAAACUCGAACAUGAACCGACUUGGAGAUGACCCGAUCUGAAUAUAACCCGUAAAUUAUUGACCUGAACCGAACCUGACUUGAAUCGAGAUUGACCCAAACCCGUUUUAACCCGUUACAACCCGAAUUUAACCCGACCUAUUACUAAACCGACCCGAAUUUAACCCAACAUGUUACUACCUCGACCCAAAUUUUACCCGACCUAUUACUAACCCGACCCGAAGUUCAACCCGAUCUGUUACUAUCCCGACCCGAAAUCAACACGACUUGUUAUUGACCCAACCCAAAUUCAACCCGAAUAGUUCCUGACCCAUUUCGAACUCAACCUAACCUGUUAUUGACCUGAUCCGAUUUCAAAUCAGCUUAAAUUCAAUUUAGACUACAUAUUUAAUAUUGAUCAAAGUAUAGUUAUAUAGUUACGUUGUCACUUGUGCAGUUGUGUGCUUGUACAAACGAGUUUUUUUUCUCUAAUUUUAUUAUUUUUUCUAAUUUUAUUAUUCAUUGCCUAUUUAAUCUUAUUUAAACGUUUUAAAUAAUGUCAUUCAAAUGUUUCGAAAAAAAAAAAAUAAUGCCAUUAAAAAAAAUGUUAACUCGGAGAUGAACUUAUAAAAAAUAAGCA